GGGACGCUUAUUUCAGCGGUAAUUUGAGAAUAAUGAAGAAACUUUUCACAACUAGCAUAAACUCUCAUGGCAUCAGUGAAAAAUCAUUCGAGCUGCAAAAUUGUAGAUCAUCAUAUAUAGCUGCUUUUGGUUUCAACCAAUCAGUUGAUAUUUUUGAUCGUCAUGGUGAGAAGAAACUGGAAAUACCUUUACCCGGGUAAUUAAGCCGCCUUUUCUAUUAGCUAUAGAGAGGCUAUUUCCAUGUCCUGGGAUGCUGAUGGUGACAAUCUUGCUAUUAUCGAUGAUAAAACAUCUUCCGCUACGUUAUGGGAUUCUCUUUCUUUCAAAAUAAGCCAAAUUCAUACUGGAGUGAGAGAUAACCUAACUGUUUUGUCUUGGUCUAAGUUAGGAAGUCGUCUAGCUAUCGGGACAAGUAAAGGCAACCUUAUCAUAUACAAUCACAAGAAUUUGAAAAAAACAUCGCUUCUCGGAAAACAUACCAGAAGAAUAACAUGUGCUGUGUGGAACAGAAACAACAUUAUAGCACUGGCAAGCGACGAUAAAAGCAUCACUAUAAACUCUUCCGAAGGCGAUUUAAUUAAACACACCGUAAUACAUGAUCAGCCUUUAGGUUUGGACUUUGGCCGGAUGAAACUUGACGUUACCUCCGGAAGUGAAGACAAUACAGUUAGUUGCAUCAUUGGUAAGAAGAAAUUAUUUUUGCUAAAUCUGAACAACAUGGAAAAUCCAUUGGAGCUGGCAUUUCGUCAGGCCUAUGGUGAUUUAAUUGCAUACCACUGGUUUGGUGAUGGAUACAUUAUGGUUGGAUUUUCAUGUGGUUACUUUGUUGUGAUUUCCACACAGUCAAGUGAAUUCGGAAAAGAGAUCUAUCAAAUUCGUGAUCAUAAAGAUAGUUUACAUGAUAUUUCAGUGUCUACGGUCUUAAAUCGAUGUGCAACUGUGGGAGAUCGUUGUGUCAAAAUCCAUGACCUUCAAAAUAUUCGUGAACUAACUGCAAUUAUUGAAUUGGAGCAGCAAGAAGAAGAACUGAAUAAUUCAAAUAAUAACAACAAUAAUAUGAGUACUGGAAGUAUUGACAAUAAUCUAUUGAAGUAUCAGUUACAAUGGUCAGAUGAUGGACAAUUAAUGGCUAUUUGUACACCACAAAAACUUUUACAUGUAUUUUUAAGCCAAUUACCAUUGUUAGCUUCAUUAGCUUCUCCAAAUAGUACAAAUCUAUUGGCAAGAUUGACUUCUUUGUUGGAGGUUACUGUGGAACCUAUUCCAAAUGCUAAGCAAAUAGCUGACUUACCUGAACUAUAUCGUUCAUCGUAUUUAUUAAAAAUUGAAACGGAACCAACGUUUAUUGGUCUUGGACAAAAAUAUCUAUCUGUAGGGAUAAAUAAUCAUGCUUGGUUUUAUGAAUUGACCAAAUCAGAAAUCGUGCUAAUAUCGGAAUAUGAUUAUUUGACUACUGUGGAUCGAAUAAGCUUGAAUGAAAAUUAUGCUGCAGCUUGUGGACCAGAUGGAAAACUUACAUUACACUGGAUAAAUACCAAAACUUUUCCUGACAAAUCAGAUAUGGCAAAAAGUCAAAAUAAAUUAAACAAAACUUUACGAAAUGAUGAUACCAACCAUUUAUCACGUGAAUCUUGUAUAUUUCCACAGUCAACUUCAUUUGAUUUAAAGAUUACAUCGUUUAAAUUAACUAAUGAUUUUCUAAUUUAUUCAACAAAUCAUGGGGAAAUAUUUCAUUUCAAUAUUUCGAAUUGGAAUUAUGCGAAUAAUUAUCAACAUAAUUGUUCGAUACUUCAUAUUUUUCCUAAUGCAAUUGGAACACGUGUAGCAUUUGUCGAUGAGAAAGGUUUGGCUUUUAUUUAUAAUCCAGCUAAUAGUCAACUCAUAGAAAUUCCAGAAUUUUGCCCCUCAAUAAAUAAUAUUUUAUGGGAUUUAGAAGAUACAGAGAAUCCUUUGUUAAUUGCUUACGACAAUUUACGAAUCAAUGUUUAUCGUUACUUUAUGAAUGAAUGUAUACUAAAUAACUUAUCAGUAGUAGCAUCAUCAAGAAAAGUUGAUGAUAUGUUGAAGAUGCCGACAAAGCAAAUUACUGAUAAAAUUCAAAACGAUUCCAUUCUCAUUACAAAUCGUAAUAAAAAUAUAAAUAAUGAUGCAAGUAGAAGUAACAGUGUAACAUCAACUAAAUUUAGUAAUGAUAAAGCUGAUUCUAACAAAUUGGCUACUGGAGCAAUAUUUGGAAAUUGUCAUUUCAUUGGAGUUACACGUCUACCGAACAAUCAUCUACCAUUGUGCAAUAUAAAUGGUGAAUUAUGCAUGCUUAGUCCAACUGGACGCUUAUUAACUCAAUUACUAACAACUCAUCAAUUUCGAUCAUAUACUAAAAGAAAAGGAUUAAAUAUUGAUGAAAAACAUUUCGAAUUUACCGGAAUAAAAAAGUUAUCCUAUCAUGAUAUGGUUACCUACUUUGAACAAGCUUUAAAAUGUGGCUGCUUUGAAGAUGCCGAAAUAUUUGCUAAUCAUCUGGAUUCACAACAAAUAUGGAGUCAAUUGGGUAUGAGUUGUUUACGUGUUAUGAAUUUUGACCUAGCAAUCAGGUGUUUUCGAUCAAUUCAAGAUCCUGGUCUUAUUCUAGCUGUACAACGAAUUCAAAAGAUUGAAGAUCGUUGUUUACUUGCUGGCUAUAUUGCAAUGAUUUUAAAAGAAUUUGAUAAAGCACAAGAAUUAUUUUUAAUCUCAUCGGAACCAAUUGCGGCAUUAGAAAUGAGACGAGAUCUUUUACAUUGGGAAGAUGCACUUCAAUUAGCACGUAAUUUAGCACCAAAAGAAAUCCCCUUUAUAUGUCGUGAAUACGCUAUAGAAAUGGAAUAUACUGGUGAUUAUAUCAAUGCUUUGAUGCAUUAUGAACGUGCAUUAAAUCCAUCUGGUGAUAAUAAUGAAGAUAAGUCUUUAUGGAAUUCUAAAGAAAAGCACCAACCAUCACAAAAAAAAAGAUAUGAUUACAAUAAAGAAGAAUGGUCAAAACAUAUCAAUUUGUGUAAUGCUGGUAUUGCACGAAACGCCAUUCGUCUUGGUGAUUUAAAAAGAGGUAUUGAAUUGGCUUCCACAAGUGGAAAUUCUAAUUUACAAAAAGAAUGUGCUGAUAUUUUAGAAAAGUGUAAACAUUGGCAAGAAGCGGCUAAUCUAUACGAAUUAGCUGGAUGUUAUGAAUCAGCAGUGAUUGUUAAUCUGAAAUGUAAAAAUUAUAUAAAAGUUAGUGAAUUAUUAAUGCAUGUUACAAAUACACCACGAUUACAUUUACAAUAUGCCAAAGCACGUGAAACUGAUGGAGCAUACAAAGAUGCAGUUGAAGCUUAUGAAACAGCACAUGAUUUCGAUUCAGUAAUAAGAUUACAACUUGAAAAGUUGAAUAAUCCUAAUGAAGCUAUUCGUAUACUAAAUAAAUCGCAUAGUAUUGAGGGUGCUAAAAUGAUUGCACAAUAUUUCAUUAGAAAUAAUGAUCAAACUAAAGCCAUACAAUUUCUUGUAGUAUCUAAAUGUUUCAAUAUUGCAUUUGAUUUAGCAAGAAAACAUAAAAAAAUGGAAUUGUAUGCAGAGGCUAUCGGUUUGAAUGCAUCUGUCAGUGAAUAUCAAAAUAUUGCAUGUUAUUUUGAAAAUGAAAAGAAUUGGUAUUUAGCUGGUAAAUAUUAUUUCUUAGGUAAACAAUAUGAAAAGGCCAUCAAACAUUUACUUCAUGUACCUUAUCAAGAAAAUAGUCCAGCUAUCGAUUUAGCACUUGAAGUAGUUGGUGAAGCUAAUGAUAGUCGUUUAACACAUUUAGUUAUUGUUUAUUUAAUGGGUGAAACUGAUGGUAUAGUGAAAGAUGCCAGAUACUUAUUUCGUCUAUAUAUGGUUUUAAAACAAUAUAAAGAAGCGGCUAGAACAGCUGUGAUUAUAGCGAAUGAAGAACAAAUUAAUGGAAAUUAUCGAAAUGCACAUGAUUUGUUGUUUAGUAUGGUACAAGAAUUAAGACAAAGAAACAUUCAUGUUCCAUUUGAAAUGUUUGAAAAUUUAACUUUAUUACAUUCUUAUAUACUUGCAAAGGUUCAUGUUAAAAAUGGUGAACAUUUACUUGGCGCCAGAAUGUUAAUUCGUGUAUCAGAGAGUAUAAGUAAAUUUCCUGCUCAUAUUGUUCCAAUUUUAACAAGUACUGUUAUUGAAUGUCAAAAAGCUGGUUUAAAAUCAACAAGUUUUAGUUAUGCUGCAAUGUUAUUACGUCCUGAAUAUCGUGAUAAAUUAGACGUAAAAUAUCGUCGUAAAUUCGAAACACUUGUACGUAGAACUGAUUUAAAAACUGAUGGUGUUGGAGUUUCGUCAUAUGAUAAUGGUUCAAUAUUAAAUCAAACGAAUUAUUCUGUUACUGAAACAUCUACACCAUGUCCAUCAUGUGGAUCACCUUUACUAGAGACCAGUUUAUACUGUACUGAAUGCAGAAGUACUAUACCAUAUUGUGUGAUCACAGGUUAUCAUGUUGUAAAAAAUGAUUUUGCCACAUGUCCUAGAUGCCAAUUUCCUGCAUUAUACAGUGAACUUAUGAAAUAUGUUGAAAACUAUCCAACACCAAUUUGUCCAAUGUGUAAUAUUCAUUUAACACGUGAUAGUAUUCGACGUUUAAUUGACUCAAAUGAUAUUUUAAAUCAAUGGAUUAAUUCAUUGAAUGUUGAUAUAUGUGAGGAUGAAUCAAAUGGGAAGAAGAAUAUAGAGUUAAGUAAAUAAACAAUCUUAAUGUGAUAAAGUAUUGAGGAUAUUUAUUUCGAUGAUUUAAAAUAAUAGUUUGUUUUUCUUUUCAUUAUAAUAACAAAAAUAAACUUUAAAAAAUGAUUAUCAUUUACUGUUC